AUCGAUUGGGGCAUGAUGCGUUUGGCGAGGCUCGCGCAAAGUUUUUCGUUUAGCAAGAAUGCGGGGCAAAAGGGUUCGGAUCAGCCGCUGGCCAAGCAUCGCAUCAGCUGCAGCAGCAACGGAAACGGAAACGAAAACGGGAACGGCCACAGUGGAACGGCUGCAGUAGGUGGCAACUGUAACGUCAACGGCCUGGCAGCCAGUGGGGGCGGCGGGGGCGGUGGUGCCGGUGGAGGCGGAGCGGGAGUGGGUGCAGGCGAAGGAACGGGCGGAGGCGCUGCCGGCGGCGGCAGUUGUACGGCUGGGAACGGCUGUGGGAGCGGCAGCAAGGGGCAAGGCAAGCGAAAAUCAAAGACAAGAACCAAGUGCUUCGGUGGCACAGUGUUUCGCUGUUGCCUACCUUGUCGCGGGGGCGGCUCCGCAGCCCCCGCCACAAGUCCGCCCCAAACACCCGCACAGACACCGGACGAACCGAAGAGCAACAAGAACAUUUCGGACACCGCUGAUCCGCAGCAGCAAAAGUGUCCGCAUCAGUCGGGCGUGGAGCAGGACGAGGCCAAAAGGAGAGCCACCAAAGGUGAUCAAUCACCAAACAGAGAAGGAGGAACACGAGCAGGAACAGGAGGAGUAGUAGAAGGCGACCGACAGCUGAUCAGCAGCGAGUCCGUUCUGGAAGCGUAUACAAGCGGCGAGAAGAAACACUCGUUGGCGGACACCAUUGGCGGUACAUCGGUGACAACGCCCAUCUCGCUGAAGACAUUGAUCAACGACGUGGACGAGGACUUGGAGCAGCAACUGAGCGCCGCUGACAUAGCCGCCGCAUCCCUCGCCAGCGGCCUAGUGGCACGUCGCGCCGAACCAGAGACCCUCAGUGACGCGAGUGUCUCGCCCACUGCGGUGGUGCAGCAGCUUGGGGGUCCCAGCUCCACCACAACAGCAGCAGCAGCAGCAGCAGCAGCAGCAGGAGCAGCAGCAGCAGGCAGCCUGAUUCAGCCAGUGACGAGCGCCGCGGUGACGACAGCAGUCACUGCCCCAGUCAAUCUGCUGACGAGCACCCCAUCCAGUCUGUACAGCAGCAGCACGAAUCCGAAUCCGAAUCCAAAUCCAAGUCAGAACCAGAAUCCCAAUCAGAGCCAGAGCCAGACGCAGUCGCGCUGCAGCUGCCAGCCACAGACUUCACCACUGCCGCACAUCAAGGAGGAGGAAGAGUCCGAGCAGGCCAACUCCAAGCAGCUGUCCCUGAGCAGCCAGUGCACAGACACCCUACCGCCCAUCACAAUCGCUGGUGCGGGCUACUGCGGCAGCUGUGAGAGUGUCCAUCACUCGUCGGCCACCUCAUCGUCCACGGGACCGGCCACAGCGGCCGGAGCAGCUGGAUCGGUCAGUGCUGGCCAGGCCACCGACUACGGCAGUGCCUCCACACCAUCGCCACGCAUCAAGCUUAAGUUCCGCAAGCCGCACAAGUCCUGCUGGUCGCGCAUCGUCCUAGCACCCAUCGGCUCCACCGGCAACUCCUCAUCGGCCACCACCGUCAUCGGCAGCAACUCGAACGAGACGCUCGCCUCCAGCGGCGGCAGCACCGGCAACACCACCACCAAUACCCAAAACAGCAGCAGCGUCAGCGUUGCGGCCCACCAUCGCCUGACCUCGUCGUCGGCCUCAGCACUAGCCUCCUCGCACCCGAGCAACUCGCAGCUGCUUCCCACCAGCAAGAUGCAGGCCGAACAGGGCUCCAUCGGGGAUCUGCAGAAGUACCACAGUCGCUAUCUCAAGAAUCGUCGUCACACCCUGGCCAAUGUUCGUUUCGAUGUAGAAAAUGGCCAAGGCGCUCGAUCACCGCUUGAGGGCGGUUCACCCAGCGCUGGUUUGGUGCUACAGAAUUUACCACAACGUCGCGAAUCAUUUCUAUAUCGCUCCGACUCCGACUUUGAGAUGUCACCAAAGUCCAUGUCCAGAAAUUCAAGCAUCGCUAGCGAAAGGUUUAAAGAACAGGAGGCCUCUAUACUCAUUGACCGAUCCCAUGGCGAGGAUCUCAUUGUGACGCCGUUCGCCCAAAUUUUAGCCAGCUUACGUUCAGUGCGCAACAAUUUAUUAAGUCUGACAAAUGUUCCAGCAUCAAACAAAUCCAGGCGGCCAGCUCAAUCGUCAUCCGGACGGGGCGGCAACGCCAGUGGCGUCCAAUUGGCGCAGGGCGAUGAGGCCUACACACGCCUAGCCACCGAUACCAUUGAGGAGUUAGACUGGUGUUUGGAUCAGUUGGAGACCAUACAGACGCAUCGCAGUGUCUCCGACAUGGCAUCACUCAAGUUCAAACGCAUGCUAAACAAGGAGCUGUCGCACUUCAGCGAGUCAAGCAGAUCGGGAAAUCAAAUUUCCGAAUACAUAUGUUCCACAUUUUUGGACAAACAGCAAGAGUUCGAUUUACCCUCGCUGCGCGUGGACGAUAACCCGGAGGUGGCAAGCGCCGCUGCUCUCAUUAACCAGCAGCAAUAUGGUGCCGCACGUGCACGCUCGCCGCGCGGCCCACCCAUGUCACAGAUCAGCGGUGUGAAGCGGCCACUGUCCCACACGAAUAGCUUCACCGGCGAGAAGUUGCCCACAUUCGGCGUGGAGACGCCCAAGGAGAAUGAGCUGGGCACGCUGCUCGGCGAGCUGGACACCUGGGGCAUUGAGAUAUUCAAGAUUGGCGAUUGGAGUUGCAAUCGCCCUCUCACCUGUGUGGCAUACACCAUAUUUCAGAGUAGAGAAUUACUGACCAGUCUUAUGAUACCACCGAAAACUUUUCUUAACUUUAUGACUACUCUGGAGGACCACUACGUUAAAGACAAUCCGUUUCACAACUCGCUGCAUGCCGCUGAUGUGACGCAGAGCACCAAUGUGCUGCUCAAUACACCGGCACUCGAGGGCGUCUUCACACCGCUUGAGGUGGGCGGGGCACUGUUCGCUGCCUGCAUACACGAUGUUGAUCAUCCAGGCCUAACCAAUCAGUUUUUGGUUAACUCAAGUUCCGAGCUAGCAUUAAUGUACAAUGACGAAUCUGUAUUGGAAAACCAUCACUUAGCGGUUGCCUUUAAAUUAUUGCAAAAUCAAGGAUGUGAUAUAUUCUGCAAUAUGCAAAAGAAACAACGCCAAACAUUGAGAAAAAUGGUCAUUGACAUUGUGCUCUCAACGGACAUGUCCAAGCACAUGAGUCUGCUGGCCGAUCUAAAGACAAUGGUGGAAACCAAGAAAGUCGCCGGCUCCGGAGUUUUGCUGCUGGACAACUACACCGAUCGUAUACAGGUGCUUGAGAAUCUGGUGCAUUGCGCUGAUCUAAGCAAUCCCACCAAACCGCUGCCGCUGUAUAAGCGCUGGGUGGCCCUACUCAUGGAGGAGUUCUUCCUGCAGGGCGACAAGGAGCGUGAGUCGGGCAUGGACAUCAGUCCGAUGUGCGACCGUCACAAUGCCACCAUUGAGAAGUCACAGGUGGGCUUCAUCGACUACAUUGUGCAUCCGCUCUGGGAGACUUGGGCCGAUCUGGUGCAUCCCGAUGCCCAGGAUAUACUCGAUACGCUUGAAGAGAACAGAGACUACUACCAGAGCAUGAUACCGCCAUCGCCGCCACCGUCGGCGGCCGAUGAUAUGCCACAGGAUGAGAAGAUACGCUUUCAAGUAACUCUGGAAGAGUCCGAUCAGGAGAACUUGGCCGAGCUGGAGGAGGAGUGCGACGACGAUAGCGAGGGACGUGCCGAUGCCGAUGCCGGCUCCAGCACCACCAUAGCCACUGCGGCGCUGGGUGGCGGCUCGGGUGGGGGCGGCGGCGGUGGGGGCGUCGCACCCAUAGCGGGUGACGCGCAAAAUCAAGCGCAACAAGGUGGAAUAUGACGGAGAGUCGCGGGAAUGUAUCGCAGAUUUACGGAAAAGGCUCACAACCUCUUCCCACUACGUUAGUGACUAUUAUUAACAAAAGCAAACAAACAACAACAAAAAACCUAUAAAAAAAACCAAGAAAAAAAUCUUAUAAAAAAUACCAAAAAAAAAAAACUAAACAAAAACAAACCUAACUAAAAAAAACAACAAAAAAUCUAUUAAACAAAUGUUUAAAGCAUACAAAAAACCAAAACAGCAAUAGCAAAAGUACCGUUUAACUUACAAAGCAUAGAAAAACGAAAAGCAAAAACAAAAACAGAAACAAAAAAAAGAAAUUAGAAAUUUACUUAAUGGAAAAAAAAAACAAUGAGAUUGAUGUUGAAAACUCCCCCUGAAAAGCACA